AUGGAGCAGGAAUCCAAUCCAUACAACAAUGUUCAAAGCUUUGAUGAUAUCUUUCACUCGCUUCUUCAAGUGGCUGUGAUUGUAUCCCUAAAUGGCUGGUCCAACACAAUGUACGAUAUGGUGGAUGCCGAUUACUACACUGCUGUCAUCUUUUUCAUUGUGGGCAUUGUUUUGCUCAACUUUUGGCUCGCCAAUUUGUUUGUCGCUGUUAUCUCACAUUCGUUUGCCUCCCUCAGUGCCCAAACGGAUCGAAGUGCGUUCGCGGCCGAGGCAAUGAAGGGACGCCAGCAGGUACAAACUGAGCCCACUCGCCGGCGUCGUCGAAGGUAUGUUGUCGAAUGGUAUCGCAACAAGCGGCGCUACACACAGUACUUCUGGCUUGCCCUCAUUGUACUCAGUGUAAGUGUACAGGGCAGCCAAGCCUCGUAUGAGUUUCCUUCUCAGCGUGUAUGGCGCGAGCAAAUUGAGCGAUAUCUGAUGGUGGCAUUUGAUGUUGAGAUCAUCAUUCGUAUUGCGUUUGACACAAUGGAUGCUGGAUUUUGGUCGUUCUUCGACCGAAAGCGCAAUGCAUUGGAUUUGUUGAUUGCUGUGAUUACGACCAUCAUCCAAAUUCCCGUUGUACACGAUUCUAGCUGGUACCCUUGGCUAACAUUUUUUCAGCUGCUCAGGUUUUACCGAGUCAUUGCUGCCAUUCCACGCAUGAAAAGUUUGCUAUUGCGUGUUGUUGGUUCGAUGUCAGCUCUAUUUAACAUGAUUGCUUUCCUUGUGAUGGCAAUUUUCUUGGCUGCACUUUUGAGCAUUCAGCUGCUACGUGGAGAUAUCCGUGCUCAAGAUGACGAUGGUGAUGAGUUUGAAUUUACUUGGAAACAAUUGUUCAAUGGGUUUUUGGGCGUAUAUCAAAUUUUUUCAUCAGAAAAUUGGAGCGAUACCUUGCUCAAUGUUGUUGCUAGUUCAACGAGGUUCGAGCAAGGUGCCAUUUCGGCUAUUUUCCUCGUCGGCUGGUUCUUCUUUGCUAACUUUAUUUUGUUGCAAAUGUUUAUUGCUGUCAUCAAUGAAAAUUUCCGUGUAGCUGAGGGUGACAAGUAUAAACAACAAAUGGAGCACUAUUUGCGUCGCUCGGAGCCACCACGGGAAUCUAUUAUAAACCGUAUCAUGCAAUGGCUGAGCCCCUUCCGAGUCCCAUUGGAGCAAAACACGGUCACACAUCGGUUCCAGGGCCCCGUCGUGGAGAAUACGGCUGAGUUUGCUGAUACGAGUCGAGUAAAACCGAAGGAAGAGGCCCCGUUACGAAGUCUGUUCAUGAGCCUUGUCACACCUGAUCAGGCUGGUUUUGCAUUUGGCACACUUCAGCGCGUGCUGCGCCUCGACAAGCCCAAUGAACACGCUAGACUAGAAGCUCUACAAAUGCAGGCUGGCAGUGACAAGCCUUCGCGCACCAUGGAUGACUUUGAGGAGCUAGCCUAUCAAGUCAAGAAGAAGAAAAUGAGUUCCUGA